GUGUAAAAUGACGCGCUUCCCGUCUGGGAGGUGUGUGUGGUGUAUGUCAACUAAAUGUGAAAGGAUCGCGGCGGAAGCUGCCAGUUGCAGUCAGUAAGGAUUAGCAAUGGCUGCACCGGGUAGAAAGUCUGUGUUGUUCGUAUGUUUAGGUAAUAUUUGCAGAUCUCCCAUAGCAGAAGCUGUUUUUCGAAAAUUGGUAACGGAUGAAGGAAUUUUAAACCAGUGGGCGAUAGACAGUGCUGCUACUUCUGACUGGAACGUGGGUUGCUCCCCUGAUUCAAGGGCCCUAAACUGCUUAAAAACCCAUGGUACCGAAACGACUCAUAAAGCUCAACAGAUUACAAAGGAUGACUUCCUUUCAUAUGACUAUAUAUUGUGCAUGGAUGAAAGUAAUCUAAGAGAUCUAAAGAGAAAAUGUAAUGGAGUGAAGAACUGCAAAGCUCAAAUUGAACUGCUUGGAAGCUAUGACCCACAAAAAAAGCUCAUUAUCGAGGAUCCUUAUUAUGGUCAUGAUGAAGAUUUUGAGACCGUUUACCAGCAGUGUGUUAGAUGCUGUAAAUCGUUUUUGGAGAAGUGCUCCUAGUGCUGAAUUAACAAGUCUUUCAAAGUGAAAUUAUUAGCCAUUCAUUUGAUAUCCAUGCAGUUGAUCCAUCUUUACUGUGUCUGUUGUUCUGGCAGUACAAUAACCCUUUUUAUGUCAAAACUUACUAUGGAACAAGGCCAGGAAUCUUGCUUUGUAAGAUUGUUACUGUUCUGUGUCACUUCAGAAUGUAUGUAGAAAUCCAAUGCACAAUUAUGGUUUCCUCAAACAUCAGUUGAAUCACUACAUUGAGGUGAAAUAUACAAAAAAUAAAAUUUUAAUUCUAAA